GCAGCAUGUCGGGGCCCGUGCCCAGCCGCGCCAGGGUCUACGCCGACGUCAACACCCAGAGGCCCCGCGAGUACUGGGACUACGAGUCGCACGUCGUGGAGUGGGGCAACCAGGAUGACUACCAGCUCGUGCGGAAACUCGGCCGCGGCAAGUACAGCGAGGUCUUCGAAGCCAUCAACAUCACCAACAACGAGAAGGUGGUGGUGAAAAUCCUCAAGCCUGUGAAAAAGAAGAAGAUCAAGCGGGAGAUCAAGAUCCUGGAGAACCUCCGAGGCGGCCCCAAUAUCAUCAGCCUGCUGGACAUUGUGAAGGACCCCGUGCAACUGUACCAGACCCUCUCCGACUUCGACAUCCGCUUCUACAUGUACGAGAUCCUCAAGGCGCUCGACUACUGCCACAGCAUGGGCGUCAUGCACCGCGACGUCAAGCCCCACAACGUCAUGAUCGACCACGAGCACAGGAAG